CAACGCGGAGGCAAAAUGGUGAUGGCUCAGAAGACGAAGGAGGCAGAGAUCACGGAACAGGAUUCGCUGCUUCUAACAAGGAACUUGCUCCGGAUUGCCAUAUACAACAUCAGCUACAUCAGAGGCCUAUUCCCUGAGAAGUACUUCAAUGACAAGUCGGUUCCGGCACUAGAGAUGAAGAUUAAGAAGCUGAUGCCGAUGGAUGAUGAAUCGAGGAGGCUGAUCGAUUGGAUGGAGAAAGGUGUCUACGACGCAUUACAAAAGAAGUAUCUCAAGACCCUUCUCUUUUGUAUCUGUGAGGAGGAAGGCCCUAUGAUUGAGGAGUAUGCCUUCUCAUUUAGCUACCCCAACACUAGUACUGAGGAAGUUGAGAUGAACAUGAGCCGCACAGGGAGCAAAAAGAGCAGCACUACAUUCAAGUCAAAUGCUGCAGAAGUAACUCCUGAUCAGAUGAGGAGCUCUGCUUGCAAGAUGAUCAGAACGCUGGUUUCACUUAUGAGGACCUUGGACGAAAUGCCAGAGGAGCGAACCAUUCUGAUGAAACUGCUGUACUAUGAUGAUGUCACGCCUGAGGAUUAUGAGCCUCCUUAUUUUAAGUUUUGUGCUGACAAUGAGGCCAUAAAUAUAUGGAACAAGAACCCCUUGAAGAUGGAAGUAGGGAAUGUCAACAGCAAGCAUCUUGUGCUAGCUUUGAAGGUCAAGAGUGUCCUUGACCCAUGCGAUGAUAACAAUGUUAAUAGUGGAGAUGAUGGCAUGAGCUUGGAUAAUGAGUCUGACCAAGAUGAUGACUUUUCUGACACUGAGGUUCGGCCAUCUGAAGCAGACCGUUACAUUGUUGCUCCUAAUGAUGGAAAUUGCAAAGGACAAAAUACUGGUACAAUCUCAGAAGAUGAUACUCAGGAUGCUGCUCAUGAAGAAGAACUUGCUGCCCAAGUAAGAGAGUGGAUAUGCUCAAGAGACAUUGGAACUAUUAAUGUUUCAGAUGUUGCUUCUAACUUCCCUGACAUAUCAAUGGAAUUGGUUGAAGAUAUUAUGGUGAAGCUACUUAAAUAUGGUGUACUAUCCAGGGCAAGCAAGGAUGGUUAUACUGUUAACAAGGCUGCUGAUCCCAGAACACCACAUAUAAAGAAAGAGGUCAUGCAAAAUGUGUCACCUACUGAAGGAACCAAAACCAACGGUGGUGAUUUAAUGUAUAUGAAGGCAUUGUACCAUGCACUUCCCAUGAAUUAUGUGACAAUAGCUAAACUUCAAGGCAAGCUGGAUGGAGAAGCCAGCCAGAAUACGGUCCGAAAGUUAAUUGAAAAAAUGGUGCAAGACGGAUAUGUGAAGAAUUCAACCAACCGAAGAUUGGGCAAAGCUGUCAUUCAUUCUGAAGCCACUAACAGAAAGCUCCUUGAGAUAAAAAAGAUACUGGAAGGCAGUGGAGCCGAACAAAUGGUCAUCGAUACCAAUGCAGAGCACGCUGAGAUUGGGCGCAAAGACGUUCUGAGUGGCCAUGAAAUGAGAGAUGGCUCCACAAUGGGUUGCCUCCACUCAAUCGGAUCUGACCUUACCCGUACUCGGGAGCUACCAGAGCUGCAGCAGAAUGUAUCCAUGCAGAGCGGGCAAGACGCUCCGGCAAUGGAUAAGGAUCCGAGCAGGACCCCUACAAGUUUGCGCGAGCCAGCUGCACCUGUUUGUUCCCUGGAGAGUGGAGUGCUUGGACAGAGAAUCAGAAAGUCCCUAACCGGUGCCGUUGAGAUGCAAUCUACACAGGACAAGAGAUCCAGGAAGGCUAGCAUGGUGAAGGAGCCGAUACUCCAGUAUGGCCGCCGCCACCGCUACUUCCCCGCGCACCGGGCCGCGCUCGCCGCCACGCUCUCCCGCUUCCGCUCCAAGCUCUCCGACCUCCGCUGCGCCUUCCUCGGCGCCACCUCCCCGCCGCGGCGGCCUGGCCUGUGGUGCCCCUUCUGCUCCACGGACCUCGUCGACCUCGACAGCCGCUCCUCUUGUAGCAAUGCGAUUUACCAUCUGGCAAGCGAUGAGCACCUGAAGGGCGUGAAGGAUUUCCUGUGGAAGCACCGGGGAGGGACGGAUCAGGCGGAUUCACUUAGGAUUUCAGAGGACGAGCUUGCUAAGUGGGAAAAAGGCUGUGAAUCCUUGAGUACAGGAGCAAAGAAAGGGACUCAAGGUCUGGUUGGAGCAUCUCUGGGGCUGAUGAAAGAUAUCCAAAAUGAAUCUACCUCUGACAAUUUGGAUAGUUUUGCAAAAACCAAUAUACCAUCUUUUAGUAAUUCUGCAUCUUAUGUUGUUACGCCUUUACAAAGUCCUACCAAUGGGGCAUAUCACCCUAUUAGUACAGCGUGUCAUGGAGCUUCCGGUUCUGGAAGUGUUCUUUAUUCUGCUCCACAUGGAACUGUUGGGCUGCCCAUCACACCUUGGGGAUUGGCCGCAGCACAUGAGCAGCAGGGUGUGCUGACCACAAACUGGUCCCAUAGUACUGAUCCUGAAAUGGAAGGUCAUCAAUCUACUAUCAUCAGAAAUGGCCCAAACCCGUCAAUUUCUUGUUCUGUACAUAUUCAACAAAACCACUCUGGAGGAUAUUUGAACAAUGGUUCAAAAGCAAAUGUGCAUACUGGUGCUCCUCCUCCUUGGUUAGAAGCUAGCGAGCAUGAUCCAAAGAGUUUGUCACUCAGCAAAUGUAGUCUUCCUUCUUCUCGGAAAGGGAAAUCAAGGAAACUCAACCCAAAGCGGGUUGGUGCUGCAUGGGCAGAAAGAAGAAGAGCUGAAAUGGAAAUGCAGAAGCGAGGCGAAAUUGUUCCAGAAACAUCUGAUUCUAGUUGGCUCCCUAAUUUUGGUGGCGUCUGGCAAUCUGGCACAAGAAAGGAAUCAAAGAAAGAAUUUGAGAAAAACCAUAAGCUUCAUGACAGGAAGGGUAACCAUGAGUUAUCCUUGGAGAUAAAACCAUAUAUCAGCAAACGGAUGAUGGAUGUCAUGUGUCUGUGCAGAAGAGCUGCUAGGGCACAGCCGAUCGCUUCCAUGUCUGCCCAUGGCUGGAAGGUCAUAUACGGGCUGACUAUGCGGAAUCCUAAGCAGAUAUUGAUAAGAGAGGCACUAUUUCUCGCCAUGAUGUAUUGUCCUCAACCCAGAAGUUCACGCGAGCGCGGUGGUUCCUCGCAGUGGGCGAGUAGCCGGGUUGGGAGUUUGACUCUCGACGUUUGUAUCGGGGCUUGUCAUUAGAAUAAUUUUGUUCUCUCACGUAUGGUGUCGAAGUGUAAUGUGAUGUGCUUAUUAUGUGCGGAGUCUUGGUUAGUUUUAACUAUCAAUGUGACUUUUUAGC